UUUAAUUUACAAUUCAACGAGAGCAUAAAAAUAAAUUUUUUGGUUCCAUUAUAUGUAUGUGAUCACGCACAAAAUACAAAUGGCCAAAAAGCGAAGGGUCUCUCAAUCAUGAGAAGUGACGGGAGACGUAGGUGGGUCAGAUAAGCCCGUUCCAGAAAGUCGCGAUCGAUUUUGUGGACAGACACACUCGUAGUCGAUGGCGAGCACUAACAAUAACCAACGUGGAGGAAAACAGGUUGUAUUUCAACUUCGCUCAACUGAGAAACCAGACAACGUUUCUUGGAAAGUUCGAGAUUUUCAACUGUAGCAGCAAGGAAAUUAGAACAUGGAGAACUAUGUAUCAAAUUUUAACACAUGUUGUUCAACAAAUUCAAUGUAACUAAUAGGCGCUAAAUCAAUGGUUGUAAAAAAGUUAAAAUAAUUGCAAUCUUUUAAAUCCUUAAGAUUCUUAAACCAAUCUUCGUCACGUGAAAUACUUAAAGUAUUUCAUUUUAUUAUAUAAUAUUGCAGACUAAGAGAAUUUAUUUUGUAUAAAGCAAAUAUAAAAAAUAAUUUUUUUGCAAAAGGCAACCUCUUCUUAAUAAUAAAUAAUUAAUUAAUUUGUUCGUUUUCAUUUACGGAGAUUAUUCGCUGAUUAAAAAAAAAUAUAUAUAUAGAAGAAUAAUGCAUUUUCUUUAAUAAUUUGAUAUUUGAUAAAAAAUAUAAUAUAUGUUGCAGGAAUGUGGAAAAAGGGAUCAUAUGCACGUUUCGCACCGAGUUCGCGUAUAAUUCGCGUCGUCUAAUUCGCGCGAAAUGCAUUCAAGCGAAAGCCAAAGGAAAAUCAUAGAGAAGUAAAAAAAAAAACUGGAACAAUGGACUUAACGUUCAAGCACAUAUUACAUGAUAUUCCGGCACGUAUUAUUGGCUCAAGCUCGAGAGGCUCCGCGAAAUCUAUAGAACCAGUCACGUAUCGGUUCUUUCAUUAUGAAGCCACUGUACUCUUCCCGCGAUGGAUAAAAAGAAUAAGUACGCGGACGUGUUGAGUUUCCUUUCAGUUAUUUCUUUCGAUCCGGGACAAAUUUCGCUCAUUUACAUAUUACAUCCUGUCGCCGCUGAACGCACGCGACGACGAAUGAACACUUUUAUCCUGUUGCAAUCUCGUUGUCGCGCAUUCAUUGCAACAUCACGCGAUCUGCAGCGCUAUGAUGCAAGCAUUUAUCCGUUGUUUGUACAGACUGUUGCAAGAGACUAUCCCAGACUUUUUCUUUCUCGUCGGCGAAUGAUACGUGGAACCAAUUUCCUCUGAAUAAGAGUUUCUCCGAGACCCAUUGUUCGCCAAGUUUUAUCUAUGGCUAUUCACAGUAUUCGGUAACCAUACACAAGAGUCGCCUUCUAUAACUCUGAAAAAUUAUGCACACCGAGCGCGCGCAUCUCCGGGUAUAAAAUAUAUGAGAGUUCCCUCGAUGCAGCGUUUUGAACGGUGUCCCCUCCCUCCCCUCCCCACCCAGAUAAGGGCAUCCCUUGACCUUACACGUGCUUUUCGUAAUCCUGAACAAUGUAAAAGGACAAACCGCGCGCUCGCAUCGGAGGCGCCAUGCAAUUUAUCGCGGCUGAUAAAAACGGCAAACAAGUAGGCACAAAUAAAUCGCAUUGCUGGCGAAAUGAGGCGGCGCCGCUGUGCUCGCAUGUAAACGCGAUAAAAGACUACCGAAUAUAGCGCGGCACCAUCAUGCAAAUAAACCGGAUAACAGUUAAUUAGAGAGGAAUAAAAAUAUAUCACGCCACUUGCGGCGAUGACGAUUUUCUUUCGCUAUGCGUUUUGCACACUUAGCAUAAAGAGAAUAUUAAACAGCGUGCUAAAAAAAAGGGGGGCUUAAGACCUCAAGAGCAAAUGCACUUACAUCAGAUUAAAGUUUAAAUCCUAUUUUAACACCUUGCGAUACGCACGUUAUGCAUAUUUAUAUAUAUAUCCAUUCGUUUAUUCGUAUCUGAAUUACAUCUUUUUCUACCUUUACCCUCUUGUACCUCUGACAGUAAUAAAAUAUUAAGAUCGUAAUAAACGUAAUUAAACGCUUGCCACAGAAAUUAUGUUUGGAAAAGCGACUAUUUCGGGGAAAACUUUUUUUUUAAUUAAUAAGAGAAUCGAGAGUUAAUAUUGUGCUUGCUCGUAUUCAUAUGUUGUUUUACUUUCCUUGAAAUUAUCUCCUUCAACGAAUGUAUCGAAAGCGCGCCUAUUGUGUUCGUAGUCUGUGCGAACAGGGACAGAGAAGAAUUUAUGACGAGAAGAAUUUAUGUUUACCAGCCGAGAAAGUUCAAGUAGGACAGUGCCACCCAACGAUUGUUAUGUUAAUCAUAUUGGUACUCGAAAAGUCGAGCUCGAACAGCACUAUCUCGAGCUAUUUUUCUCGUUAACGCCCUAAGGCGAUACAGUGAUUUUUAACAGAGGUAUCACGUCGCCAUAAGUAACAUUUUGCAGCUACGCACAACAGUCAACAAUGUGGAUUUCCAGGGACGGCACUCAGUCAAUCAGCGAGCAAAAUCUGCUAAGAUGUACCACGGGAAACGAAGAAGGUACGUUCCGCUUGAUACCUCGCCAUGACACGGAUAUUGAGAAAAUUAGCAUCUUGUCUAAUUGCCGCAUUAUAUUUCACUACUUGAGCGACGAUAUGUCGACGACUGGCCCGGAAUUGAUGGUCAGACGACCCGUCUACCAGCAGGACGAGCUUAAUCACUUGUGCAAAUACGUAAAGCCCAAGAGAAUCCUUAGCAAUGAAGUGUCAAAACGAUGCAAAAGUAUCGAACCAGUUGCACUUUUAAAAAAAACGAUACCUCUAAUUGAUUGGCUUUCUUCGUACGAUUGGAAACAUGAUAUCUUAGGAGAUAUUGUUGCUGGAAUUACUGUUGCUGUAAUGCAUAUUCCACAAGGUAUGGCGUAUGCAAUAUUGGGUAACGUUCCACCAAUUGUUGGUAUAUACAUGGCUUUCUUCCCGGUUUUGGUGUAUUUAUUUCUCGGCACAUCCAGACACAAUUCUAUGGGUACGUUUGCGCUCGUCUGCAUGAUGACUGGCAAAGUCGUUACGACAUACAGUAGCACUGCAGUUUCGACAAAUAACACGUCAGCCGAGAACGGCACCUUAAUUUCCGACGUAAGCCAUCAAUAUUCGCCAGUGGAAGUUGCAACCGUAGUUACAUUCACGGUUGCCGUUAUACAGUUAGGAAUGUACGUGCUGCGUUUGGGCGUAAUCUCGUCUCUUCUCGCGGACAGUCUCGUGAGUGGAUUCACAACUGCAGCGGCGAUGCACGUAUUUACAUCGCAAAUAAGGGAUCUCUUCGGACUGAGCGACCUACCACGGCGCAGGGGUGCAUUCAAGCUUAUUCUCACUUACAUAGAUGUUUUCAACAGUAUGAACGACAUCAAUACAACGGCUGUGAUAUUAUCUUGCAUCACUAUCUUAGCUCUUAUUUUCAACAACGAAGUUCUUAAGCCAAGGGUCUCGAAGUUAUGCCCCUUUCCAGUUCCGAUAGAGAUGCUUGUGGUGGUGAUCGGUACUGUGGUAUCGAUGCAAAUGAAUCUUUCGGAUACUUAUAACGUAAUGACGGUUGGCCAUAUACCAGUAGGAUUGCCAGUCCCGUCUGUACCACCGCUGUCCCUAAUACCCAACAUUUUAGUAGACUGUUUCGUGAUUACUAUGGUCGCUUACACAAUAUCAAUGUCUAUGGCAUUGAUUUUCGCGCAAAAAGAGGGCUACGAGGUCGACUCUAAUCAAGAGUUGAUGGCGCAGGGAUUGGGAAACCUCGUAGGUUCCUUUUUCUCCUGCAUGCCGAUCACGGCUUCGUUAUCCAGAUCGUUGAUUCAGCAAACUGUAGGCGGGCACACGCAACUGGCGAGUUUGAUAUCGUGUGGAAUUCUGGUGAGCGUACUGCUGUGGAUCGGGCCGUUCUUUCAACCUUUGCCACGAUGUGUUUUAGCGAGUAUAAUCGUGGUGGCGUUAAUAGGGAUGCUGACAAAGGUCACCGAGUUCCUAAAAUUCUGGAAACUGGACAAGACAGACGCCGGCAUUUGGGCUGUUACGUUUAUUGUCGUGGUCCUCUUAGACGUCGAGUAUGGAUUAUUGGUCGGCGUGCUCGUAUGCAUCGGAAGGUUACUCGUCCUCGCGAUGCGACCUUACACGUGUAAGCUCGCGCUAGCACCAGGCACUGAACUCUACUUGGACUCCAAAAGAUACAAAGGAACUGUAGAGAUUCCCGGCAUCAAGAUCUUCCACUAUUCCGGCACUCUGAAUUUCGCGUCUAAGCAAUACUUUCGUGAGGAAGUGUACAAGGUUGCAGAGCUAGUACCUCAAAAGGAACUAAAAAGACGGCUACAAGCCGCAUGCAACGGCACAACGGCGGAAGAAAUUAAGAAGCUACGCAUUCUCAUAUUGGACUUCACCGCAUUGUCGCAUAUCGAUCUGGCAGGCGCAAAUGCAUUGCGAAACAUUGUAGAUGAAUAUUGCAGCAUAGACGUGUCUAUUUAUAUAACGGGUUGUUUCGGUCCCGUGUACGAAAUGAUGAGGAAGUUCAAUCUGACGGAGCAUAACGAGAACCACUUUUUCGCCAUGUUCCCCACCGUUGCUGAUGCGGUACAUUUCGCGCGUUCUCACAGUGAAGUGCCGUCGUCGACACCCGCAUGGAGCACUUGCAUCCACGAUGAGAACUAUAUCAGCAGACUUUGAAACUCUCGAGAAACGAGAAGUACGCACC